AUGGAGAGAAGCGCAUGGGCUGCCUCGAGGCCACGGUCUGCGCCGUUAUCCAGUACACCUUCCCGCCGAUUGCGAAGAUGGGGAUGGAGGGCACCCCGAAGGAGGAGAGGCUCCAGAUCCUGGAGGACCUGCGUAAGAUCACAUCUCGCAUCUCCUGGCCCAGAGAGGCUGGCGAAGGAGAUCCAGGGCCUCUGGACGACGGAGGAGAUCGAGCUGCCCCGCCGCUGCGGCGGCGGCGGCCCCGUGCGCGUGCUGCUCGGACGCCCCGCUGGCGACCCGCCCGGCCGAGACCUGCCGCUGGUGGUCUGGCUGCACGGCGGCGGCCUGGUCGCGGGUUGCCCCACCCAGCCGCAACUGGUCCAGGCGCUCCGGGGCGCGGCGAGGGCGUGGCCGCACGCCGACGCCGACGCGGCCGCCCCGCCCCCGGCCUUGUGCUGCUGGGCAGCGGUGCGCUACCGCCUGGCGCCGGAGGCUCAACUCCCCGACGCCGUCGACGACGCCGUGAGCGCCUUCCUGGCACUGGCCGAACCGGCGAGCGCGGCGCGCUUCGGGUACAGCCGCGCCCGCAUGGGCCUCGCCGGCUGCUCCGCCGGCGGCGUUCUCGCCACCCACGCGGCACUGCGGCUCGCAGAGGCCCAGGAGGCGCCGCCGCCGGCCUUCAUGGUGCUGGACUACCCGAUGCUCGACCCCGCCAUGGACACGAGGUCCUGGGCGGAGGGCGCGACCCCGGCUGCCGAGCGCGUGCAGUGGGCCAGCCCGGCGCCGCAUACCGCGUGGGCUGCGCCGCGCCUGAAGGACAUGCGCGCGCUGAUCCUGCUCGGGUGCUGCGAUCCGCUGCACGACGAGGGCCUGGCGCUCGCCGGUCGCCUCAGAGAUGCCGGGGUCCAGGUGCAGGUGGUCGAGGCGGCAGGCAACCACGUGACGGCCCACAUGUUCGACAAGGGGGCUGGCAGCGAGUUCCACAUGGGCGUGUUGAGGCUGUUGACAGAGUGA